AUGGCGGUACUGUUGGCCGCGGAGCGUUCGCGACCGUGGGAAAACUAUCGCCCGUGGCGAGCCGUGGCCAGCGACCGCGGGCGCGUGACGACGUCGGCGCGCGCCGCAAUCACGAGCGCCGACGUGGGACCCGCAACCGACUCGACCGGCAACCGCUCGCCAACCGUCGACCAACCCACACAGCGAGACCUCAAUCUACACCAAUAUCGA